AUUUUUGUUUAAAACAGAGGGAAAUUGAAGAAAAUCCGGUUGAUACGAAAACACAAACAAAUUGUAUUCAUUUUUGCAAAGGCCACUCAACAUAUUCCACCUUCCCCGGACCAGUUCAAUCCUCCGAUCUCCGACGACUCAGCUUCUCAAAAUAAUUUAUUGAUUAAUCAUGACACAAGAUGUCUCAGUUGAUUCAGAUCUAUAAGUAACUACUUGCGUUUUUCUUCUUUCUUUAAUCUAAGAAGAACAAAUAUUUAAAGAGGUGUUUGGUUAUGGCGUCGAGAAAUAGAACGUUUUUAUUUAGGAAAUAUAGAGAUGCUUUAAAAAGCGUCAGAGUUCCGUCAACUCAAUCGACGACGACGUCUACAAGCUCCGUCAGUGGUCCGGUGAUCGAGUUAGUUAGCACUUCGCUUCUACAGAACCGCUCUUAUGCUCCACUCAGUGCUGAGGAUCCCGGUAAUUCCAGUAAAGGUGCACUUACAGUUGGUCUCCCACCAGCUUGGGUGGAUGUAUCAGAAGAAAUAGCUACAAAUGUGCAGCGUGCACGUAUAAAAAUGACCGAAUUAGCUAAGGCUCAUGCUAAAGCUUUGAUGCCUUCGUUUGGAGAUGGUAAGGAAGAUCAACGCAUGAUUGAGGUUCUUACUCAUGAGAUAACUGAUCUUAUAAGGAAAUCAGAGAAGAAAUUACGAAGACUUUCGGCAGCUGGGCCUUCUGAGGAUUCAAAUGUGAGAAAAAAUGUACAGCGCUCUCUUGCCACAGACCUUCAGAAUCUUUCAAUGGAACUUCGUAAGAAACAAUCAACAUACUUGAAGCGUCUCAGGCAACAAAAAGAGGGUCAAGAUGGAGUUGAUCUAGAGAUGAAUCUAAAUGGCAGUAAAUCCAGAAUAGAUGAUGACGAUUUGGAUGAUAUGGUGUUCAGUGAGCAUCAGAUGGCCAAGCUAAAAAAGAGUGAAGCAUUCACAGUGGAAAGGGAAAGAGAGAUCCAGCAGGUUGUGGAGUCGGUAAAUGAACUUGCUCAGAUUAUGAAAGACUUGUCUGUACUUGUUAUAGAUCAGGGAACUAUUGUUGAUCGGAUAGAUUAUAACAUUCAAAAUGUUGCAACUACAGUUGAGGAGGGGCUUAAACAGUUGCAGAAAGCUGAGAGAACACAAAAACAAGGAGGGAUGGUGAUGUGUGCAACAGUGCUUGUUAUCAUGUGCUUUAUCAUGUUGGCCCUGCUAAUCCUCAAAGAGAUAUUCUUGUGAUUUGUCAGCGCAUAUGACUUCCAAAGAUUCAGUCAUUCUCAUCAUUGUGCCCUCCCCUACAACUAUCACACGCUUAUAGAUGCAGACAUGUCUUGUGCAACAGAGGAAUUGUAGAGCUCGCAAUUGCCCUUUCACAAUCAGAUUCAUUCCCUGCUGUUUCUUUUCUUUUUGUUCAAAAUUUCUUAAGAGGGUGGUCUUUACUAGAGAAUGAAUGCCCUGGAAAAUGUAUAGAACUUUUGUCACGUACCUGUAAUUGAUUCUGAUGAUUUUUCUCGGGGAGGUGGGUGGCUUGGUUCCAGCAAUGCUUCCACUUAAAAGGAGAUGAGGCUUUUUUUUUUUUUGACUGUCUGUAUCGACUUUCAAUCAAAAAUAGAAAAAAAGAAAAGAAAGAAUGUAUCAAUCAACUAUAGUUUCAUUA